AUGUCAACACCAGUCCAAUACCUCCUUCUAACUCUAUUUACUCUUAAAAUCCCUCUCGUCUGGACUUGUAUGUCAACACGAACCACUGGAACUAUUCCUGCUCUAAGAAAUUGUCCAUCUUGCGAUGUCUCAACUCUUUCUGGAUCCUCUUUCACACCAACAGCUACUCAGACCCCAGGAACUGCUUAUUUUUUGAGAGGAGUCGAUCCGGUGAAUUGGUGCGACGUGGCCCAAAUCAACUGUAUUCCAGAGGACGGAGGUAUGCAGACAGUCGCCAUCAACGUUAUUGUGGAUUCCGUAAGUACCUCUCUGGGCACUGGAUGUGGGUCGGCUAGUUCUGUGGCGAAUGCGUUGUUGUGUAGUACUGGAAAUGUGUGGACUUAUAAGUGA